ACAUUGUUGCCUAAGAGACCCCGGAUGCCAGCGACAGGAUUUAUAGAUGGCGAUUGGCCUGCUGGAAGCAGUAAGGUGGGGGCUGAAAGGAGUCAAAGAAAGCUGCCCUAGUGCAACGAUAGCAACCCCAGAACCAGAGGCUUGAAGAAGGAAGCCAGCUGCUGAGGUGUUGUCUUUCUUAUGGAAAAAUACCAGUUCAUUUCAUGAUGGCCUUUGCACCUCCAAAAAGCAUCGAUGGCCCCAAAAUGCAGACAAAGAUGAGUACCUGGACACCUCUCAACCAUCAGCUUCUGAAUGACCAGGUAUUUGAAGAACGAAGAGCUCUGCUGGGAAAAUGGUUUGACAAAUGGACAGACUCUCAAAGGAGAAGAAUUCUUACAGGCCUACUAGAGCGCUGUUCCCUGUCCCAGCAGAAGUUCUGUUGUCGAAAGCUGCAGGAAAAAAUCCCAGCAGAGGCCCUGGAUUUUACUACCAAGCUUCCAAGGGUGUUAUCUGUCUACAUCUUUUCCUUCCUGGAUCCCCGGAGUCUUUGCCGUUGUGCACAGGUGAGCUGGUACUGGAAGAGCUUGGCUGAGUUGGACCAGCUCUGGAUGCUCAAGUGCCUGCGCUUCAACUGGUACAUCAGCUUCUCCCCAACGCCCUUUGAACAGGGCGUCUGGAAAAAGCACUACAUCCAGAUGGUGAGAGAACUUCACGUCACCAAGCCCAAGACACCUCCAAAGGAUGAAUUCACAACUGCCGAUGUUCAGCCAAUUCCUGGCAAUUCUCCAGAUGAGAAGCAGUCCCCUUCCUUAGCUUUUCGGUCCUCCUCCUCCUUAAGAAAGAAGAAUAACCCCGGGGAGAAAGAGCUUCCACCUUGGCGAUCGUCAGAUAAGCAUCCCACUGACAUCAUCCGCUUUAAUUAUCUAGACAACUGUGACCCUGAGCUCUUCAGGCUAGGAAGAAGAAAAAGAAGCGAAGUGACCCCAGACUUCAAGCGCCAGCUGCGAGAUAAGAAAAAUAAGCUUCAAGACAGAGCCAGGCUCAGGAAAGCACAGUCAUUGCCAUCAAGGAGAGACCUGUGGUCACUGUGAGUUGAGAUCUCCCUGAGUUCCCCUCCAAAAGUUCCAGUUCGUCUCGCCUGGCCUCUGCAUCUGCCAGUGGCACCCUCAGACCGUGAAGCAGCAACGGAAGCACUCCUGGAGCAUCUUCAGAAACACCCCGGGCUUCAGUCACCCUCACCGAGGCUCCAGAGUCAAAGCUGAUUAAAGGAUUGGAAAAGGACUUUUUCUAGAAACGACAAGGUGUUCUUCACAGCUGAGAGUUGGAUUCUAGCUAGUCCCUCCAUUAAACUCUUUUGGCUUAAGUAUCUUACUGUGAAAGGUCCUGCGAGUUUGUGUAUCUCAGGAAAAGAGAAUGAACAGCAGAAAUGGUGACAAACGCAGACUCUUGGAAAUAUGGCAAUAGACAUCUUGGGUUUGAUGGGGGGAUGUCUAAUGUCCUCGUUGGUAGUACUAGGAAAAUCAGGCCUGGGAAGGGAAUGACACCCCCAGGCUCCUUCAGAAGUUGGUAAAGGAGAUGCUUAGGGCGUUAGCUAUAGCACAGAUCGAGUGGUUUCUGCAAUAGAAGUGCAUUAGCUCACAGUCUGAAUACUGGAAGUCUGAGGUGAUGUGUCAGCAAGUGACACCAAGGUCUCGAGGUCUCUCUCCAUUGGCCAUCUUCCUGUCUUUACAUGAGUCUCCUCUUCUAAGUCAAAUGCAGGCCCUUUAUAAGAUAUCGAAGUUAGGAGUUCAGCGUGUAGCUUUACAAGAGACAUGGUUCAGCCAGAAACACAUGCUAUGGGGCAGGAUUAAGAAAAUCAAGAUAGGAUGCUGAAGCCCCUGGACCUGGCAGCAGUGAGAAACUUUAUCAUCCUUUGUGCCAAAGAGAUGAAGGGAGCAGGGAGAGUGGAGGUCUUGGGUCCAGCUUCUGCGGCGGCCUUCAGAGAGAGGCUGGCAGACAUGGUGUGUUGGAGGUGGCAGAGGAAUGUGGGGAGGGAAGUAGUGAUACCCAACUCUUCUUCUCUCUUACACUCUCCCACACUCCUGGCGUCACCCAUCUGGAACUAGAAGAAAAGAUACUAGUGAUUCUGUCCUUAGCUGCCAGCCUCCUGAGGCAAGAGAGCAGAACUGGCAAGGCUGAGCAGUAAGUCUAGGCAGAACCAUGGAAAAUAACCAGCAUCAUGGAGGGAAAGAGUACAGGGCUGGUACCAGGGAGAUGCCUCAGCCAAAGAAAGCAUCCUGUGUAGGCCUGAUGAGUUCCGUUCUCAGAAACCAUGGUGGAAGGAGAGAACUUAACUCCUGAAAGGUGACCUCUGGCCGCCGCAUGCACCAACUUCCCACUCCAGCAAUAAUAGAGCACAUGUCUAAAGGAGUGACAAUGGGCAUGUAAGCAAUUUAAAAGAGCUUUGGAGUAGCUGGAAAACAGAACAAAAUCACUUAGUGUAGCGGGAGUAGAUUAAUCUACUCUUAUCUCCCCUGUGGUGGAACACAUGCUCCUUGCUACCCACCCCAAUGCUCUGGAUUCUAGGAAUGAAAGACACACACACAGAGCCUUAUAUUUAAUAUGCCUUAAUCUGCUCAGUGGCUGGGCCACAUCAGUCCUCCAUGUCGCUAACACACUCUUCCCUCCCAUUCUCCUGAUUUAUUACUUACCAAAACCUGUAUUCCAUCCUGGCCACCCUGGAUCCAGGCCUGCAGCUCUCCUGGGCCAUGAUCCAUGACUCUUACAUGUUGGUAGUCUACCUGUCUCUCUGUCCUACACUUCUCAGGCCUGGUCCUUCUCCUUCCCCAACAUGUCACAUUCCCCCCCUGCCCCCUCCCCUUUCCCUGGAGUCCUGUCUCUGUCUCCCUGCCCAACCAUUGGCCACUGGCAUCUUUAUUUAGCAAUCAAAGCCAACUGGGGGUAGGGACCCUCAGCAUUUACAUGCAGACAUGCGGGUUCUGUGAUUCUGGAAACCCAAAUAACAUAAUGCAAGCAUGAAAACCAAAUCCACAACAACUCAGUACAGACGUGAAUGUUCAUGUAACAGGCUCCCAGACCUUAACACAACUCAUGAAUGUUAGAGGCACCAUUUUGAUCUUAAAACCCAACACACAGGCCCCAGUACCUGCCAACAUGGAAACAAAGACCUAACACAUCCAGCACCUAGGCGCAGUUCCAGGAAAGUCCGUGCACGUACUCACCUUGCUUUUCGGCUUCUGUCUUUCUGCUCCUUGCUAAGUCGACUGUGACAACCAGGAUGUGGUUUUGGUACAUAACUUGGGGUCGCAUGGUUAUGGCAAGUUCCCUGUGCAGGCACUGGCCAGCCAUAAUACCUUUCUUUUUUUGUCUUUCUAAGUGUCCUUGUGGUGGUCUCUGAUGGGCUUACUUCAAAACAUUUCUUUCUACAAUCAACCAUCUACCCAUAUACCCAUCUCAGUUCCCCAGAAACUGCUGUUCUGCGAUGUAGUUACCUAAGUAAAGUAGAAUAAUGGAAAAGCAGUGUUUGCUGUUAUUGUCUGAAUAUGAAGGAACCCACGAGAGGCUGAUGCAUUGAAAGCUUGGUCUCUAGGUGACAAAUCCAAUCACUGUGGGAUGAUUACACCAUGAGGGUUCUGACGUCAUCAGUACAUUAAUUCAUUAUAGAGUUACACCAAGUAAGAUUUUAGGAGGUGAGGCUGGUUGGAGGGAGUAGGUCCCAGAGUUCGUCCUCUGAAGAGUCUGUCUUAUUCUUGGCCCCUUCCUAUCUAACGCUCCACCCCGUUUGCAACAAAGUGAGCUCUGGUUUCUUCUGUGGCCAAAUAAAUCCUUCCUCAGCAA